GAUUACAUCAGUAGCUGAGGAACAUUGAGGAGCAAAAUGGUUUCAACUCAAACAAUAUUAUUAGUCAGCUAUUUUCUCACAGCGUUGUCUGGCAGCCCAGUAAUCGAGGGAACUAGAAAUAAUCUUGAGAAAAAUCAUGAAAAUAUUUUGCCUAAACAAAAAUCCGUCAAGAAAGAAGAAUUAGAAAUCCACGAAAACCAAGCUAAAGAACUGUACAGAAAAGAACAGGAUGAUGAAAAUGAAAAAGAAAUGAAAAAUGAAACAAAAAAAGAUAUAUCUUACCCAGAUCGGGACAAUUUAUUACAAGAAGUAUUCACUACAACAGAUAAAACAGAUAUUCCGGAUGCUGAUGAUGAGGAACUAACUGAUGAUGAAAUCGAUAGAUAUGAUUCAGUAGAUGUGUAUGAUUUCUACAGUUGGGAGCAGUUGACGGAUAUAUUUCCGGAAACAGUAUUUCCGGAAGGAUGGACGGAAGGAGUUGUAAAGUUUUUUACGGAACCUUCCUCUCCCUUCAACUACGCAUUAAGUUAUGACUAUAGUUCUCUUGUUGACUCUGUAAAGCAUCUGAUAGAGUUUAUUGUGAGUGAUAAGUCUCCUGGCGCCUAUAUUGUCAACUACGAUUACUCAACUUUGUUCAGCAGAGUUCAAAACUUUAUUUCGUCAGGAGACUACAGAGGAAUACUGGACGAAUCUGUGGAAUAUUUUGAAGACACUUUAGGUGCGCAUGUAGCUCGUGGGUUUGGUUUGGUUUUCUUCAUAAUAAUCUCUGCAGUUCUAGUGAUCGUCUUCCUUCCUCUACUAGCACUGGUUGGUUCAUUUGCAGCAGCCAUUAGUGUUGCUCUUCUUCUAGGCAGCGAUAUUUUAGCAGCAAAGUUGAUUGAAGAAUUUGGAGUGGUAGAUCUUGGUGGACAGAGUUCCAUUUACCGUGGAUUCAAAACUGUAGCGGAAACAUAUUUUUCCGGAAUUAGCUUUCCGGUUUUUGACUUUCCGAAUAUCAUUGAGUACCUAAAAUAGAUAAGUUAAAAAUUGUAAAUUGUAUAAAUGUUAUAUAAUUGUUGAGAAUUACAUUUAAAAAUACAUUUCAAAUAGAUCCA